GUUCUUGCUAUAUGCAUUUUGAGUCGAGUAUUUCCAUUAUCAUACUUAUUUUCUUAGAACCUAUCGGUGUUUUAUUUGUAUAAGGGGAGAGAGCAAGCCAGUAAUCAUCAGCAUCAAUGGCUGAAACGAAGAACAACGACCAAUCCAACAAGGGUGCGAUUGAUGAAACAGAGAAGAUGAAAACAACAUUCCAAGAGACUGACAAAGGAAAGGAUCUUGAUUCUGGGUUUGAUAGGCGGCAAUGGAAGCCUGUUUUUGAUGAAACUUCCAUUUCACAAAGACCCCUCAAGAAGAUAUGCAGCCCUGAACGUCACUUGUCUUCGUUCUCUUCACCCUCCCCUGUUUCCAAUAGUUCUCCUUCUUCUUCUUCUUCUUUGCCAACUUCUAGACUGGUUUUUCCUUUCACUUUCGAUGCAUCUCAGCAGCCAGUUUACUUUCCUCAACAAUAUGGAAAUACUCCGACUCCUAUGCCGAUGUUCCGCUCGUCGCAGCAAAAUCAGCAGCAACAAGGGUCUGUUUAUCGGCCAUUUUAUACUGCAGAAACAUCGGUAUCGCCUCAGCAGCAGCAGCAACUUCUGCUAUACUGGACCGAUGCACUGAAUUUGAGUCCGAGAGGGAAGAUGACAACCAUGAGUAGAUUGGGGCAGCACCAAGUGCAGCAGCCUAUACAUACUACCAAGCUCUACCGAGGCGUGAGGCAGAGGCAUUGGGGCAAAUGGGUAGCCGAAAUCCGCCUCCCUCGUAACAGGGCUCGCCUUUGGCUCGGCACAUUCGAUACUGCCGAAGAAGCAGCCUUAGUCUACGAUCGUGAGGCGUUCAAGUUGAGAGGAGAGAAUGCAAAGCUCAAUUUCCCUGAGCUUUUCCUCAACAAGGAAAAAGAUACAUCUUCCACUACCUCCGUCUCACCAGUUUCUUCACCACACACACUUCAUGAAAGAUCAAAGCAAGAACGGGAACCGAAAAUCGAAACGAUGCCACCACUGCCUCAAGGAGACAAUCCGAACAUCGACUCACAGAUGGGGUCUAGCGAGGCGACAACCAAUGAUGAGGUGCAGAUGACAGUACAGGGUUGUUCGGGUUCUCAGGAAUUGGUGUGGGGUGGUAUGGAAGAAGCUUGGUACAAUACAAUUCCAGCAGGUUGGGAUCCCAGUAGUCCAGUGUGGGAUGAUUUAGAUACAGCAAACAACCUUCUUUUGCCCUCAAAUCUUCCUUUCUCCAAUCAAAACCAGCAGCGGCAACAACAACAACAUAGCUCAGCUUCUUCUCCUCCUCCUCCUGGUCCAAUGAAACCCUUCUUCUGGAAAGAUGAACAGAGCCCAUCUUUUUAGGGGUAUACCCUUACAGGCCGAGGAACCAUGCACUGGUUUCAGAUUUUUUUCAGAAAACCAGUCUCUGAGUUCCACUAAGCCUUCAUUUAAUUCCUCUUCUGGUUACAGAUUUUUCUCCUAUCCAACCUGUGAUU